AUGGUACAUGUAAUGGCGGUCCAAAGAGGAAGAGUCCCUCCGUCGCAGCCGUCUUUGCCAGGUUUGCCAGGUCAAUUUGCGCUGUCGAACGGGGACGCGGUGGCCUGUGCCAGCCUGAACGGACACUCGUAUCUCUCGUCGUACAUCAGCCUCCUCCUGAGAGCGGAGCCUUACCCGACGUCGCGAUACGGCCAGUGCAUGCAACCCAACAACAUAAUGGGGAUCGACAAUAUAUGUGAAUUAGCCGCGAGAUUACUGUUCUCCGCGGUGGAAUGGGCGCGAAAUAUUCCCUUUUUUCCCGAUCUCCAAGUCACCGACCAGGUGGCGCUCCUCAGGCUAGUGUGGAGUGAAUUAUUCGUACUGAACGCGAGCCAGUGCUCGAUGCCGCUUCACGUGGCACCCCUGUUGGCGGCGGCGGGCCUCCACGCGUCACCAAUGGCCGCGGACCGCGUCGUCGCGUUCAUGGAUCACAUUAGGAUUUUUCAAGAGCAGGUGGAGAAACUCAAGGCGCUUCAUGUGGAUUCUGCUGAGUACAGUUGUCUCAAGGCGAUCGUCCUCUUUACAACUGACUACAUUUGUGUUUUUUCAAAGGGGUAUGGGAAUAAUAGCGACAGAGGAGAAGAGGAAGGGGAGGGGUUAUUCCAGAUGAGGCGAGAAGGAAAGGAAUGGAGAAAGACGUGUGGAGUUAGUGGCGGAGUAGAGGACUAG